AUGAUAAAGACACUAGAUAGUGAUGAUAAAACAUUUCAUAUAGGAAAUAAUGAAAAUAUUGGUCAUUGUAAAUUACGUUGGUAUAAUUAGGAAGAUUAGAUUAAUUGAAUCAAAAUUGGGUUAAAUUGCUAGCUUUAUUUACCAAGAUGCUUGUAUAUGAUAUGAUAUGGAAAGAAAAGAAAAUCCAUUUUGAUAGAAAAUUAUUUAUUAUUAAAGAAUGGAAAUAUUAAUUGGAAUACAACCUUCAAAAUUUAGUUUAAGUGAAUUGGUUUCUUGAUUUCAAUAAAAAAAAUAGACGGGUAAUUUUUAAUAACAAAAAGGGUUCAUACAAAAUAAUUGAUAAACGGAAGUUAGAGUAAUAGUCUAAAAAUUGA